AUGUCGGUUCCUCCCAAAUAUGCAGGCCUCAAGCUCUCCGCGGGGACUCCACAGGAGACGCAGCAUACCCUUGAACUGUACCUUGACUACGUGUGCCCCUUCUCUGCUAAGAUGUUCAAUACCUUCUAUACGACGUGUCCCCUGAUUGCGGAGCAGUACAGCUCUCGGCUCCAAGUAAUUUUCCGGCAGCAUAUCCAGCCAUGGCACCCGUCAUCUACCCUCACCCACGAAGCUGGUGCAGCGGUCCUUCGACUGGCCCCAGAGAAAUUCUGGGACUUCAGUGCAGCCUUGUUCCAGCGUCAGGCGGAUUUCUUCGAUGUGAGCGUGGUAAACGAAACACGUAACAAAACAUAUGAGCGCCUGGCAAAGAUCGCAGGGUCUGUUGGGGUGGAUGAACAGAAGGUCCUGGCUCUGCUUCUGAUCCCGGAAACAAGCGACAGUUCCGGCCAGUUGAAUGUAGGAAACCAGGUGACCAAUGACAUCAAGUGGAUGAUCAAGGCAGAUCGAGUUAUUGGGGUUCACGUCUCGCCAACCGUCUUCUUCAACGGGGUGGAAGAGCGUGGGAUCAGCAGUAGCUUCACAGCCGCCCAAUGGGGAGAGUGGCUGGCGAAGAAUGUGGUCUGA